ACCACCGGCCCGGAGCGCAGCGCGGGGCCAGGGGCCGCCCCGGGCCGGGCCAGUGCCGGUACCGGGGCCGGUGGCGGUGCCGGUGCCGGAGCUGUCCAGUGCUGAAGGCUUCGGCCCGGCCCCGCCAUGCCCCGCUCCUUCCUGGUGAAGAAGCUGAAGGCGGACGCGUUCCCUCUCGCCGGGGCUCCCGCGCCCCCCUACGCCCCCCUGGAGCCCCCCUACGCGCUGCCCGGCCCCGCUGCCGGAGAUGGGUACCUACAGCACUGCCUGGCUCCCGCCGGCUACAACCCCGACAAGAAGCAGGGGCUGCCGCCGGCACCGCCAGACCCGGCCUACGCACCCGGCCAGGAGGAGUACAGCGACCCUGAGAGCCCCCAGUCCACCUUCUCCGCCCGCUACUUCAACGGGGAGGCAGCGGUGACGGACAGCUACUCCAUGGACGCCUUCUUCAUCACCGACGGGCGGUCGCGUCGGCGCGGGGAGAGCCAACGCCGCGGCAGCCACCGCCACUCCUGCCCCGAGUGCGGCAAGACCUACGCCACCUCCUCCAACCUCAGCCGGCACAAGCAGACCCACCGUAGCCUGGACAGCAAGAUGGCCAGGAAAUGCCCGACCUGCGGCAAGGCGUACGUCUCCAUGCCCGCCCUGGCCAUGCACGUCCUCACCCACAACCUCAAGCACAAGUGCGACGUCUGCGGCAAAGCCUUCAGCCGGCCCUGGCUGCUGCAGGGCCACAUGCGUUCGCACACCGGGGAGAAGCCCUUUGGCUGCUCUCACUGUGGCAAGGCCUUCGCUGACCGCUCCAACCUGCGCGCCCACAUGCAGACCCACUCCGCCUUCAAGCACUACAAGUGCAAGCAGUGCGAGAAGACCUUCGCCCUCAAGUCGUACCUCAACAAGCACUACGAGUCCGCCUGCUUCAAGGGCUCCGAACACAGCUGUGCAAUAGGGAACUAGUCCCCGUGCCCCC